AUGAACAAUCCGAGUAAAAUUCAUACAUCACUCCUUACUUUGGAUACUCCAUACAUUGGAGAAAAAAUUUUUAAUGAUUUAAAAUAUUUAAAUGAAAUUUUUACUGAACGUGCUAUGAUUCCUGAUUUAAAAUGGCUUUCCGAACUUCAUUGCAAUCUUCCAGAAGAAUGGUCAGAUGAUUUAUAUGUUGGAGCUCAUUAUCAACCAGCUCAUGUUUUUACAGAUGCUUAUAAACAAGCAAAAGUGAAUUUUUCAUGUGUUCUCAUUUAUUCUCAAGAAUAUUACAGAGCUGCUCAAGUUUUAACGCCUUAUCUUUCAACUAAAAAUCCUAUAGUUCUUUUUUUACAUUAUUAUGCACGUUUUUUAUGUACUGAACAGGAAUCUGCUGAAAAUGAUGGUGAUCCAUUGAAGAGGACGGGUUCAUAUAUAAGUGAAGAUUUAUUAAUUAUUAGAAAAGAACUUCAAGAUAUUUUAUGGGAGCAAAAUGAAAAUUCAGACAUUUGUUUACAGUAUCUUUUGGCUGUUGUUAAUAUUAGAUUAAAACACUUAGAACAAGCAAGAGAUGGUCUUAAUAAUAUUAUUAAAAGAGAACCACGGUUUUGGCCUGCAUACAAAGUAUUAUCUGGAAUAAUUGACGAUUUACAAACAUUGAAAAAAGUUAUAUCACCACAUCCAGAUAAAAAUUCAUGGAUGCUUCAUUUAUUUACAGCUGAAACUUGUAUAGCUUUGCAUCAAUAUGACAUCUCAGCUGAUAUUUUAACAGAAAUGAAAAAUUUAGGUUUAUCAGAAGUUAAUUAUAUUGAUACAAAAUUGGCACAUUCAAUGUAUGAAAGACAAUCUCAUGUUUCAGCAGUACAAUUAUUUGAUGAUGUAUUAAAAAGAGAUCCACAUAGAAUUGAAGAAAUGAAUUAUUAUGCUGAUGCUUUGUAUGUACGAGGUGAAAAAGCUUUAUUGUCAAAAUUAGCACAGUCAUUCAAUAAAACUCAUAAAUAUAAUUAUAUCACUUGUAUGAUUCUUGCUAAUUAUUAUUCAUUGAGUGGAGAUUCAGAUAAAGCAAUUACUUUUUUAAAUCGUGCAUAUCGGUUAAAUCCAUGUGAUGCUAAUAUAUGGAUACUUCUUGGGCAUGAAAUGAUGACACAAAGAAACCAAAGUGGUGCAUUAGCUGUUUAUAGAAAAGCAAUUGAAAUAGACAGUAAAAACUAUAAAACUUGGUAUGGAUUAGGACAACUUCAUGAUAUAAUGAAACAACCAAUGAACGCUUUAUAUCAUUAUAGAAAUGCUUAUCGAAUUAAUAAUUCAGAUUCAAGGAUUCUUGUGGCAAUGGGUUGUUGUUUUACAAAAUUAAAAUAUUUAAAAGAUGCUGAAAAUUAUUACAUUAAGGCUUUUAUUCUAGGAGAUGUAGAAGGCACAUCACUUAUUUAUCUUGCAAAACUUUUAAUUGAUCAAGAUAGGAAAGAUGAUGCAGCUGAUGUUUAUAGAAAAUAUCUUGAUACAUUUAGUUCAAAAUUAGUUGCUGAUUCUAACAAACAUUUAAUAUGUAUUAAAUAUCUUGCCGAAUACUGUUGCAAUAAUGAUCUUAUAGAAGAAGGUAAAUUAUAUGUUGAUCAAUGUCUAGAACAUCCAAGCACGCGAGAACUUGGUCUUGCUUUAAGGAAAAAACUUGAUGAAGGAAAAGGUGAACCUUCAUUAAAUCAAGAAAAACAUGAAACAUCUUAUGAUAUUUUGUCUGAUCUUAAAAAUACUCUUUGUGGUGACGAUAUGGACGUUGACGCUGAUACCGAAUUUUCUGAUGACAACGAUACUACAAAUGACAACAGUUCGGAAUAA